CUAACCUCUCACUGGAGGACCUUGUGGAAAACCAACACCGCUCGCUCGCUGGCCAUGGCGUCUGCGCUUGGAGCGCUCAAGGAAGAGCGCCUGGGCCCGAGGACGCCGGGCCUCAAGGAUCACAAGGGCGAUCCCCUGCCUUCUCAGCGGAUUGCGCUGAGCUCGCCCUCCGAGAUGAAGGUGGCCUUCAACCUUCUGGACGAGCAGAAGCGCGGGGUGUUGGACCACCAGCAGGCGAUUAGGUGGCUCCGCUGCGCUGGGUGGUGCCUUCCUGAGCGCCAGCUCAGCGACAUGUUGUCCGAGCAGAGGCAGCGGUCUAAGCUCGGGGCUCUCCCCAAGGAGGAGAGAUGGGGCCUCCGACAGCUGCUGGAGGUUCUGGAAAGGAACAAGUCUCGGGAGAACACCUCGCUGAAGACCCUGCAGCAAGCCUUGCGCGCCUCGUGCGGACAGAGAUCCAUGGGGGGGAAGGCUCCCUGGGGCCCGCAGGUUGAGGGCACGCUGGCAAAGAACCGGUCGAAGAUCUCCAAGGAGCGGCUGCUGCGGGUUUUUCCCAAGGCGGAUCUGGUGGUCUCGGAGCUGGGCCUCGAGUCCAAGCGCAUCCUGGACUGUGACGCGCUGGCGGAUCGGGUGCUGCAGCGCAUCUACGAGCCCAGCGUCCCCAGCUGGGCGGGGCCCUCCGUCUUCGUCACGGUGAAGCGGGACAAUGCGCCCGACGUGCGAAUCAAGUACGCCUCGCACGCGCAGCUGGACCUGCUGUUCGACAUCUAUUGUCGGAAGAUCCAGGUGGACCGGUCGCAAGUGCGCUUCGUGCUGGACGGCGCGGAGCUGGAGGACGAGGACACCUUCGAAGGGCUGCACCUCACCAGCCAGGACGCCAUUAAGGCCAUCGUGCUGCCUCCCAGGCAGCGAAACCCCGUCCGCUUUGAGCCAGACAGCGAGUCUUCGUGACGC